UGCCACGUUGUUCGGUAGUGGGGAUUUAAAGAGACUUUCGACCGUUAACCGCCAUUUUUCUUCCGUUGUUCUUCUCGUCAGCACGUCUCCACGUCUCACCGCUAACCCUUUUCAUUAUGCAAGCCUUAAAGGAGCAACAAAGCAGUAUUGAGAAGAAAGAAGGGCCUUCUGAUGACCACGUGGUGUCUGAAGUAGCUGCGCCCGACGAGAAGGAAGCUGAAUUACGCGAAAAAAAGGACGAAGGGGAAAUAGCAGAAAUGGAAGAGAAUCCAUCGUCCGAGCGUGAUCAGAGCUCCGAACUGAAGAGAAAAUUGUCUGAUGUCGAGGGAGGCGAUGGAGAUGCCGCUGUGGUUAAGAAGGAGCCUGAGCCCACUUUCGCAGAACCUGCAGCUAAAAAGAAACCGGACGGUCAGAAAGAAAAGAACCUCAAGAAGAAAAAAGAGAGAAACACCCGGUCAAAGAAGCAGGAGAAAGCAGGAGGCGAUGGAGAUGCCACAAGCGGUUUGAAAGAGCCCGAGCCUCGUACUAGGAAACUGGCUGCAAAAAAGAAACCAGAGUCCCAGAAAGAAAAGACAGCAAGCAAGAAAAAAGAAAAGGCUCCACCAAAGACACAGGAAAAAGUUGAAGAUAAAAAGACCAGUGAGUAACGCAUUCCAGGAUAUGUUUGUCAAUUCUAAAUUUAGCCAAGAGCUAAUAUGAUUUUUUGUAUAAUGCCUGUGUUGAAAAAUUAAAAUAAAGAGUUUGUUCACUAAA